AUGCCUCCAUCGACCGAGGCGCCGUCUUCGGCGGUCCAGGUGCUCCCCCUCACGCCCUUCACACCCGACCUCUACGAGCGCGCAUGGUGCUCCGUACCCCAUCCGACACUCCCGCUCAUCGCGACCGCCUACGGCAAAUCGGUCAGGAUCUUCUCCCUGUCCUCCCUCUCCUCCCACAGCACCCUGACCGGCGGCCACACGCGGUCCAUCCGCUCGGUGGCCUGGAAGCCCAACCUCCCCCCCCACCAGCUGUGCCUCGUCACCGGCAGCUUCGACUCCACCGCCGGCCUCUGGCGCUGGGACGGCGAGCUCCCCUUCGCGGGCAACGACGAGACCUCGGCCGCGGAGCCCCUCGAGAUCGACCUCAGCGGCGCGGCGAAACGGCGCUCCUCCGACGCCGACAGCGACGGCGAAAAGGACUGGGAAUUCACGCUGGUCCUCGAGGGCCACGACUCGGAGAUCAAGGGAGUCUCCUUCGCCCCCUCGGGCGCCUACCUCGCCACCUGCAGCAGAGACCAGACCGUCUGGGUGUGGGAGGACGUGGGCGCCACCGAGGGCGACGACGAGUGGGAGACGGUCGCCGUGCUCAACGAGCACAACGGCGACAUGAAGGGCAUCGCCUGGUGCCCCGACGUGCCCGGCCGCAACUCGCGCAGGCGGUACAGCGCCGACGUCCUCGCCAGCGCGAGCUACGACAACACGGUCCGCAUAUGGCGCGAGGACGGCGACGGCGAGUGGGUGUGCGUGGCGGUGCUCGAGGGCCACGACGGCACCGUCUGGGGCGUGCAGUGGGAGCAGAAGCCGAGGGACGAUGGCGGCUUCCCGCGCCUGCUCAGCUACUCGGCCGACCAGACGAUACGGAUAUGGACCCUGCAGGUCGACGACGAGGACGACGACGGGCCCGGCGCCACCUUCCGCGGCGGCCUCGGCGGCAUCCCCAACACCAUGCGGAGGUCGCUGCGCGAGGAGUGGGUCUGCACGGCGGUCCUGCCCAAGGCGCACACCCGCGAUAUCUACUCAGUGACGUGGAGCGCCACGUCGGGCAUGGUGGCCAGCACCGGGAGCGACAGCGUGGUGGCGGUAUACCGCGAGGACAAGAGCGCGGCGGCCGUGGACGACCAGACGAACGGCGCGGCGGCCGCGGCAGGGAACCCCGCCGAGCUGCCGGCGGGGUCGAGCAAGUGGCGCGUCGUGGCCGAGGUACCCAACGCUCACGGCCCGUACGAGAUCAACCACAUCACCUGGUGCAAGAGGUACGAUGCGGCAUGCGAGAAAAAGGGGGUCGAAGAGAUGCUGGUCACCACGGGAGACGAGGGGCUGGUCAAGCCUUGGCAGGUGGUCGUGUCAUAG